AUGGAAGCUUGCAAAGAGAAGCUGAACAGGGAACGGCCAAAUACGAAUGCCGUAUUCAUUUUUGACAAUGCCUCUGUCCGCAGUUCAGCGACCGAUGCUCCGCUGUGUAACCGUCAUGCGGCAAACUACCAACCGCCGUACAGUUCAUUUCCCAAUCCAAUCCGGGUACUCUUCAGAACGGCUAAUCAAGCUUCAGUGGAGUGUACUCUCGGUGAGGACUCCGCGGAUGCUUCGACCGCAAAAGACGACACGAUUUCCAAUGCGGAGGGGGAUUCACAACAGAGUGGAACGGGGAGUGGAGUGAGUGACUGGGAAGCAGACGAUGAGUACGACGAUGUACCUGAGGUGACUGAGGUUUCCGAAUCUUUUUCGCGUCACGAAGACAAUGAUCCGAACCAGAAAGAUGCGAGAAUUCAAGUGGAAGCCGAUGUCGAGGCUACAGGUAAAUCACCGGAGCCUGGAACCCAUACGUCUGAGGUGGAACCGAUCACUUACGAACCGCAUUUUGUGCUGGUCAACACAACGAACAUAUUGCAAAACAAGGAACCGACUUCAAAAAACCUGAGCCGCCGUUGCACCACAGAAGCCACCGAGGGGAAUAUGGGCGACACGAAACCAUCGCAGAUGAUGACAAUGAUGAGUCGGACGAGGAAACCGGUGCCGAAUCGAAGCUGGCUCGUAGCACUUAGCUACCGCAUCCUCACCUCUGUUUGA